AUGGCAAUGGAAGGGGGAGACUGCGAAAGAGAGCUACAGCUACUCCCUAUGCACUCCAUUUGCGUGCCCCCUUGGGCUCCCGCCUCUAAGGAGGCGCCGCCGGACCCGGCCGACCACCUCGACCUCAGCCUGUCCAUCGGCGUCGUGCCGGUGCCGAAGCCACGCGCAGGGAGCGGGAGGACCAUCCAGGCGUUGAAGUUGCACGCGGCCAAGCAGAUCCGGCUGGCGGCGGCCGAGAAGGCCUACGCCGAGCGGGUGCGGGAGCUAACCAGGAGAGAGAUGGAGAUGGCCGAGAAGGAGUUCGCGCGGGCAAGGUUGCUGUGGGAGAGGGCCCGGGAAGAGGUGGACAAGGUGGAGAAGAUGAAGGAGAUGGCUACGCGAAUGGUUGGCUCUACGUGUACGGAGGUUACUUGCCAGGCUUGCCGGCAAAGGUUUAGGCCAUGA